CAAAAAAUGUUUGAAGGCACUGACCCCCGGCAUGAGCUCUGGGACACAGAAGAGGAAGAUGAAGAUGAUGAAGAGGAGGUGGAAGAGGAGGAGGAGGAGGAGGAAGGGGGAGAUAGUGACUCCAGCUCAGAUGGCAGCAGCGACGAUUCGCACGCCGCAGAAACCCAGGAGUCCGGGGAACGGGGUCAGGAUCCAGCCCCCUGCUUCCUGCCAAAAGGGCACCACCCGGGAGCCCACCGCUGCCGCCGACGCCUUUUCGCCCCGUACGCCUUGCAGGAGCGGCGUUCACCAGGUGCGUUUGCAGCGCCCAGGAGCUGCUGCAGGGUGGACCACAGACCUUGGGGCAGAGAGACCCCGCCUUGGGAAACCCCCCUCUCCCACUGGGUGCAGGAUACAAAAGCCAUCUGCGUAAGAAAUUGGCCUACACAGCAGGCGACCAGGUUCUGCUCCCGCACUCUCUCCCACCCUUCUUUCCAGUCGUUCUACACCGCUGUCUCCACCUGCAGCUCCUCCUCCCCAGCUGCGGCCGCAAACCAAGGCGCCUCGCCCUCGGGACUCGAACCCAAAGCCACCCCUCUCCCCCCCGUGGACUGCAGCGGUUUCUUCUACACCGACCCAACGAUGCCACCAGGACAUCGGAUCUACAACUGUCUUUCGGUCUCCACCCAGGAAGUCCUCCGCAGCCUAUCGCUGGAGACCCCGCCACCCAUCAUGUCCGUCUGCACAGCUUCCCCGCCUCGCAGGGCCGGUGCCCGCACCCAGUGGCUCUCUGAGCUGGAGUGCAAGGCGGUCUCCGCUCUCAUGGAGCUCCCAGACAGCGCCAGCCAGGAUCCCGGCGGGUGCCAGCCCUCCCCUUGCUUGCCAGGAGAAGCGGAGGGGCUCGGGGAAAUGGAGACCUCGGACGGGCUGCCCUAGCGCUGCAACGAGGUGUCGUAGCGCUGCAGAUGCUUGUGUGAAAGGGAGAUUCCUGCAUCUCCCCCCAUCUUUCUGGCCUGGCGCUGCUAAACCCCUCAAUUGGACAGUGAGUUCUUGGGGGGGCACAGCCUGCCCCUCCUGACUCAGCCACCCCCAAGUG